AUGGCCUCUGGCCCAAGAAAUGUAACCCCAACCCCAGGUGGGAGUUUAGAUUUUGUCCAUUACUGCCCUGCCUGGACAGAUCCGAACUGGCAGGAUGAAGGCCCUGAACGAGAUGCGAGCCUCUUUGACAUCAAAGACAGUGUGUUUGAUCGUCUACGCCCAGCUCUUCUACCUCGAGACCACUUCAAGAAACCAACUAUUUACGCUCAACGAUUCGGGAUUUUUCCUGGUCGAACCGAUGGCCGUUCGAGAACAUCACCCACACGAGCUGAGAGUCGAGAGAUCUUUCCUGCCAGCUCUGAUAUUCGAAAUGGAAAGGAACUAUUUGGACGUUUCGAAGAUUUGGCCAAGGCAGCAAACGAGCACGUCGAUGAUUACAUGGAGAGGACAAGGCCGGAUAUGAAAAAGUUGGGUGAAACUGAACAACGAUUCAUGCAACAGUAUGAAGAUCUAGUCAUAGAUGAAAACUGGCAGACCAUCCUUUUCGGGAGCUUAACCAUGGAUGAAUUACAAGCCGAGGGGUAUUUUUCGAUGUGCGAUACCAGGUUUGACAGCCUCAGGGGUCAGGUUUCAGAACUUUUCAAGCGUGAAAGAUGGGUCGACACCAGUUACCAUGGCAAAACGGCUGAUGAGCCUCGUUUGAUAUAUACCCUCAAUGGGAGACGUGAAGAAUGGAACGCGAGGACCAACGACAGAGUGUGGAGUGCGAUGCAGCCGGCCAUCCAACUCGCAUCGCGGUUGCUUGGGAUGGACGACACCUUUAUCUCUAGUCUCCUAGACAUCACAAACAGACUGUGGAUCAGCCCCAGACUUUUCCAGCAUCAGCCCGGACAAGACCGAGAUAAUAAGAUUAGAUUCGUUCCAGACCUGGACCCGGAUGAUCCGUCUAGACUCGACGGGGCGAAAGCUGUCAUAGACAGUGGUAUAGACCCCAGAGCAGCCACUUGGCAGGCCCUGCUUCAAACAAUCGAGAUAGAACUAACUAGCGGUUUCCUAUUUGAGGGAAAACAACAAAGAGAUCACUGCACAGGCGUUACUCACUCGUGUACCACAUACCCGCGUGGAUAUAACUUGCUGGUCACAAUAGAUUGUGAGUUGGUUUGGCCCUUGAUCAAUGAUACGUACAGCAACAGCGAAAAGUUGAAGGCCAGCCUGAUACUCGCAACUACUAUAGCCCACGAGAUGAUGCAUGCAUGUGCCAGUAUUCCCGUCAAGUGGUUAGCUGAUCCUGCCACGGUUGGAAUAGCUCGAGGUGACCAAGUCCAGGCCUGCUCUGAGCUCUUGCAUUCAUUGCAGGAUCACACACACGGAGAUCUCCACGGCGAGCCUUAUUUUGAUGAAGACCCCUAUCAAGAGGUUGGCCAUGCCUUUGAAGAACAUGUCAUGGGAGGCGGCUAUUGGUCGUUUGCAACAGAUGUUUGUAUCCUGAGACCUGCACUACUCCAGACAGCGGCUGGUCUCGUAGCUUUCAGUCAAAAUUCCGAUGGUGACAUUAAUGUCCCCCCUGUGCUGCAGUACCCCCCGACGCGAAAUAUAAGGCUCACCCACUAUAUUCGAACCGAAGAUGUUCAGAAAUAUUUCACACAACCUUUCUGGGACGUUGCGAUGCAGAAAUAUGGCACGGCCGCUCUAAGGGAAUCAUCCAAAAGGCCUCAUAAAGUCACCUAUUACCCUGCUGAUGACGCUUAUGACACUUACGGCUUUGAUGAGAACACUCUAGGCACUCCGGAAGACAAGGACUGGGUACAAGACUUCAUGAAAGAGCUCGACGGUAGGGGAAAUGUUGUGCUGAGGAGUUAUUUGAACAACCUGAUCAACGAAGCAUGCGACUUUGAUUUAAUGAAUGAGCAAUUCAGCACUGACAUGAUAACCUGGGGCCAUCGAGAUCAAAUCUGGCGCGAUAUCAGUAGAGAAAUACUCAUGAUACUCUGUGAGAUCUCAGCGCACACGUAUCAAGCAUCUCAAGACCAGGCCCAAGAUAACAUCCUGGAUUUUCUUCACAACUUGUGGCAGGUUGCAAAGUGCCAACGAGGAAGAUAUCCUGACCCCCACUCCGCUUCCCUUGACACCUUGUCUUCUGACCCAGAGGAUUGGGCUCAACAUACUCGAUAUAGCGGUCUCGAGGUCUACGAAAAGCGUCUGGUACCCAGACUCAUCGACUUCACACGCCGUGUAGAAAGGGAGCUUAUGCACAUCGAGAGCAUGGUAUGUGAAUUAUACCAAUCAGGAACCUCAAGUUGGCCGCUCUACCAACAUUUUGGUAAAGGGCAUGAUGAAGAGUUGCGCGAUCGAGUUGAUAGGAUGAUUGAACACAUAACCGACUUGUUGACUCCUGUUGGAAUUGCUGAUCGGGGAAUCAAAAGCAUCGAUGCAGAGUGGUUCAAUCGAAUAUGGAACCUAGGCCGAAGAGUCAAGGACGUUCGGCGACUCUUAGAUUUGGAUACCCAAAACUACGAGCACAAUUGGCGCGACCUCUUGUUAUCGAUGCCUAUGGCACGCAAGUCCAACCGCAAGCCCCAUCAGAGAUUCUACUUUUUGGCAAAAAAGGAGAUGAUGAAACUGACAGGAAGCCAACUGGAAAAGAUGAAGGAGUUCAAAACCCGUUUCCAGAAAGCACUCAGCCUUGGAAGUUACAAAGUGGUCAUCCCAGGAGAGGACCCGAACGUGCUGAGCAUUGCUCAGCGAUUGUCCGGAACACUGGAUGAUGAUCGAGGCAGCAAUGACCAUGAGAAAGGCAUCAAAGGACCAUCUACAGGUAUAUUCGACAUCGAAGCCGUGAAGAAGCUGGUUCAUCAGCUCAGAGAGGAAGAGAACGCUGCACAGACCGAUAUGCUCAAUCGCAUCACGAAUCGCUUGAAGAGUGAAGCCCCAACCUUAAAAGAAGCAGCAGCAGAACAAGCUGGCAUGGUACCUCCGGUUCCACCCAAAUUCCAGCAGAUGGGUUUCGAAAACCAGGCAGUGCCGUUGAAUAGCUUGGAGGAGUUCAAAGCAAACAAUGCUCCAUUCUCGGCUUUCUCCUCGGGAACUAGCUCCCCCUUUCCUCAACACCAACCGAAUCAACCCCCUGCAUGGAUAGCAAACAGUACGGGGGACCUGGCUGCUUGGGUCAACAAUCGGCUUGCCGGCGGACCACCAGUCGCCCACGGUAUCACGCCUCACCCGUAUGCACUUCGUGAGAACCUCACGGUAGAUCUUCAAAACAUGGCCCAAGCCUCGCUACCCAUGCGAAACCCCGCCUCCUUCGCCAACGAGUAUCCUCGAGAAGUGGUACAAGACCAAGACUCUUCUUUCGUGGUUGGUCCUCUUGGAGAUAUUGCCCAAGCUUGGGAGAAACAGUAUCAACUUGGGCAGAGCCCGCCCCCUGCAGCAACUGGGGGCACACCUGUGGUUCAAUCUUCUACAGCACCAACUCGCAGAGACAGCCGGGAUAUUGACUUGACUGGCGGCUUAAACCAAGGACGUAAGGCCACAGUUUUGUCGCAUUUUGAUCACAGCAGCAGUGAGACGGACGUAUCAGACGACGAAGCGCAACGAACGAGAGAGAUCAGCAGUAGCGGAACAACACUCGUUGGACUAUCGGAUGUUGAGGAGGAGCUGCUUAGCAAGAUCGCAUCAUUCGAAAGGUCUGAGGCGAGAGAAAAUGGACAUGAGUUGAAGCGAAGGUCAAGCUGGGUACCUCUUCAUUCCAAGAAGAAGAAAUUGGAGACGCCUAAGGCCAGGAGACAUGUUUACAAGUCGAAGCCGAAGAAGCCCAGUGUGCCCAGAGCUUAGGAAAAAGGAAACCAAUGAACAAAUAAGGGGUUUGAUUUGAAUCGAGACCGUGACAAGGGUUGGCUUGGGGAAGAUAUGUAUUGGUGUUUGGUUCGAAUGUUGUUGGAUCUGUUUUUAGGUAUUCGGAAUUCAUGUUUUAGUAUUGCCUCAUUAUGUCCUUAUUUAUCCUUGACUGAAACAGAGUUUCGGGAAACGCAUCUUCGU